UGUGUCUUGUUAACAGAGUGAGACACUAGUUGAUGAUAAUGUGCUGCUGCUCAUCACACAGACAGACAGGACUGUUACCUCUGUUGACUGAAUCCCCACGAGCAGCGCAGUCAUUUCUCGGCGUGGAGCGGAUAGCAUCUGUCGCUUCCGUGGGAACUCUCCCCACUAGGAAUCAUAGAGCAACAAGCUCGCUCUAAAUGCGGACAUGGGUGUUCCUCCAGACAUGCAUAUCCACGCAUUUUUGUUCCUGCUUUUAUAAUUUCGACAUCGCCCGUGGCCACACCGUCAUAUUUUGCUUUUUCCUGCCACUCUGAGAACUUUGCGUGUCGAGACAGAAAGCACUUUUGCGUGGAUUGUUGUGCCUUGAAUUUGCAGGAAUGGUUCCCAGGAGCGUGCCGCGUCCUCCUGCGUUUAGGAAACAACUUCAAACAGCCCCGGCUCUGACCAUGCUCACCAGUUUCACGAUUUAUUGAAAUAAGGAGGAAUAUGAGCAACCACAAAGGCGGCGGGAUGGCAUCGAAAGAAAGGCUGUAUGAGCUGUGGAUGUUAUAUUACACAAAGAAAGACGUGGGCUACCUGCAGCAGUGGCUGGAGGCGUUUGUGGCGUCCUUCGAGAGGCUCAUUGAUGUGCAGUCACUGGAGCCUCGGAGACUGGAGGAGUGCAGCUCGGAGGUGCCCUUGCUCCCCAAGGAGGUCCUGGAGUUCCUCGGCACCCAGCUAUGUCAGAGCGCCGUGCACCUCUCCGACGCCGCCGAGCCCAACGGCACCACCCCUCACCCCCUCCUCCUCAUCAAGUUCUUCAUCAUUGUCUGCAGGAAUAUGGAGAACAUCGAACCAGACAAGACCCCCGACUUUGUUUCUGAAACCAUCAAGCUCCUGAGCUUCUGUUUGGAUCAGCUAAAGAAGGGACAAGGGGAGCAGUCUUCUCUGCAGACGGUUGUGCAGUACGGACUUGUGCUGUGUGAAAGUCUGUUUGACCCUUAUCAGACGUGGAGGAGACGCCUGGCAGGGGAGGAGGUGAGCUUGCUGGAGAGGAACAAGUAUAAGUUCUCCCCACUGGCCUUGCCAGAGGAGCUGCCUGCUCUCUUCCAUGAAAGCCUCCAGGAAAGCGAGAAGAUCCCAGAGCUCCUCAUACUCAGAUUUGUCCAUCUCCAGGGCGCUGUGAUCAGUGGAGGGAAGAAGAAUGGCCUUCUCUCCGUCACCCCUCACUCUGUUGAGGACCUGUUCUCUGUCCUGCGAGUGUGGUGCUGCAAGACUUGCCCUGAACCUAAAGGCACGGGGCUCCCGCGGCUGACUCUGCAGUGUCUGACUGUGAUGAUCCACCUCCUGCACUCCAGCAGCCCUGCGGAGCGGCAGGUGGAGAUCCGGACCAUACUGGACGACUACUUCCAGCUCCUCAACUGGAACCGUCCGCUGAGCAGUGAGGAGCAGGAGAGGCAGAGCUGGGAAUCCAGCCUGAUCACCCUCCAGAGCCAAAUGCUAACUGCUGUUCCUGAGAUCCUGCAGUGCCCUGACAGACCAGUCCUGCAGGCCGUCUUCCUCAACAACAACUGCUUCGAACACAUCCUCAGGCUGGUACAGAACAGCAAGCUCUAUCAGAGCAACAUGCGUAGCCCGGAGCGUGAGGUUGUGCGUGACCUCACUACAUGUUUACUCACAGAGGUCGGAGUGGACCAGGUUUUGGAGAAGGGAUCAGACAGUAUUACAGUUCAUGCCUUAGGAGUCCUCACUGCUAUAAUGAGCAACUCACCCUCUGCUAAGGAGGUCUUCAAGGAGAGGAUUGGCUACUCCCAGCUGUUUGAUGUGCUGAAGAGUCAAGGUCGACCCACCAAACGGCUGCUGCAGGAGCUGAUGAACAUGGCGGUGGAAGGCGAGCAUGCCCACGCCCAUCACCUGGGCAUCAGUAACGACCAGCCUCUGCUGCUGCUGCUGCAGUGGCUGCCGGACCUGUCGGGCCAGAGGGACCUCCAGCUGCUGGUGGCCCAGUGGCUGGCUGCCGUCUGUGGGGGCUCCUUAUCCUGUCGCACCGUGGCCGUGGAGGCAGGCAUGGUGGGCGCUCUGCUCCAGGUGCUCUCACAGCCCCAGUGUCUGGACCGGCAGUGUGCAGACGCUCUGCUGGGCCUCCUGCAGGACCUGGGCUCCCUGUGUCUGAGACCAGAGGAGCUGAAGAGCCUGCUCAGACUGCUCCGGGUGGAUCAGGAUAAUGGCGCCGUGGUGGGGAAGAUGCACCCCUACUGCGCUCGCAUCAUUCAAGUGCUCUCAGCCAUGGCGGCCAGAGAAGGCCAGGACAGCGCCCUGCAGUACUUUGAUCUCACGCCCCCCAUGGCUGGUAUUAUGGUGCCCACAGUGCAACGCUGGCCAGGCAGCGGGUUUGCCUUUCACGCCUGGCUUUGCCUCAACAUGGAGUUCUCCAACAACCGGAAACCUCCCGCCAACCCUGGCACAGGGGCUCAGCAUGACAUGGGCAAAGGACCACGCAGGAAGCAGCUCUACAGUUUCUUCACAGCAAGUGGAACGGGGCUGGAGGCCUUCUUCACCAUGGAGGGCGUGCUGGUGGUGGCUGUCUGCACUAAGAAAGACUACAUGGCUGUCGCUCUGCCAGAGCACCCACUAGCUGACUCAUGCUGGCAUUCAGUGGCUAUCGUCCACAUCCCGGGCCGUCGUCCUUUUGGUCAGAACCUGGUCACCAUCUACAUCGAUGGAGAACAGUGUAAAACUGCUCAGCUUCGCUUCCCGUCUUUCAGUGAGCCUUUUACCUCCUGCUGCAUCGGGUCUGCAGGCCACCGGACCACUACCACCACCACCUCCCCCAACCUGCCUACGUCCUCCUCGAUCCCAUCAUCGCCUGAGUUUUCCUACCCCGCCCACGGUCCUCCCCUCCUGCGUUCACAGUCCUUCCCAGCCACCUUCGCAGGAGGCCGCUGGGGGCCUAUGGGGGACUCCCCAGUGCACACCAUCCCAGCAGGCCUGCAGGAUACAGAGUGGGGAACACCCACGUCCCUGGAUGGGCUCCUCGGCACUGCUUUCAUUUGCCACGAGGCUCUGCAGCAAACACAGACAAAAACUCUGCAUGCUGCAGGCCCCAAUCACGUGUCCUUAUUCAAAGCAGAGGGAGAGUUAUCUGAUCUCAACAGCAAGCUUCUGCUCUACUACACUCCACAGGCCUUCAAGAGCCAGAUAUGUCUCGACCUGUCGCCCAAUCACCAGUAUGAUGGCAGGCUGACAGGACACAGGGUGGUGAACUGGGACAUCAAGGAUGUUGUAAACGUGAUGGGAGGUAUCGGGGUCUUGCUGCCCCUGCUGGAGCAGGUAUGUGAGGCUGAGCAGGUUUACAACGGCGGUCAGGAAGUCUCCGACCUGCUGGGACCAGAGCUCACCUCCUCUAGAGGCCCCGCCGCCAUGCUGCUGCCGCUCAACAAGUCUGCAGAGGGCAGACUAGAGAGAAACAGCAUCGCCGCCUUCCUGCUGAUGGUGAAAAACCUGAUUCGUCAACACCCUGUGAAUCAGGAGAGCCUGCUGCACUGCCACGGGCCCAGUAUCAUCGGAGCCAUGCUUAGUAAAGUUCCUGGCAGUAUGAUGGACAUGAACGUUUUAAUGGCCUGUCAGCUGCUGCUGGAGCAGAUUUUCAACGAGGGGAACAGUCCACUUCUACAGCAACUCUACCAGCACCUGCUCUUUGAUUUCCGCAUCUGGACUAAAAGCCAUUUUGCUGUUUGUUUGGCCCACGUGCAGUACCUUGCAUCUGUAAUAAACAAAGGCAAGCAGCGCAUGAAGAGGAAGUACGGGGUCCAAUAUAUUCUGGAUACUAUUCGCACAUACUACAGUGUGGAGAAAGACGGCAGCCCUCUGUCUGAUGAAAAGCAGACGAUUCAAACCUCUUUGUUCGCCUUGCUGAAAGACUUUCUCAAGUCUCCUACACCAGAGGAGCUCCACAGUGUCCUCGCCUACAUUCUCACUGUUGGAGAGGAAAAACAGGUGGUGAGGGCCUUGGACGUGUUGUAUGAGCUGUUGAGGAGCAGCCCUCCUCGGGAGCAGGUGCAGGCCGUGCUGCUGGAGUGGGGCGCCGAGCAGCUGUACGGCUUGCUGCUCACUCCAAGCUUCGGAGACGAAGCCAGAGAGAGAGUUUUCAGGGUUUUGUACAAAAUCCUCAAAAGUGAGCGAGUGUCUGAGAGAAGCAAGCAGCGCAUAAAGCUGAAGGAUUUUGGAUAUCUCGGCCUUGUUUGUUUCCUUGAUGAAAUUCCAGUAACCAUGACCACCGUGCGAUGUCUGUACGAGCAGGUCCUUGCUACAGAAGCAAGCCCUAACUUCAGAGACCUCCUGGCUGUGGUCUGUCUGUCCCAUCGAGCUGAGCUCACCGUCCGCUUAGACGUCUGCCGCAAGCUCUUCCAUCUGAUCUACUCCAACGACGACUACGUGAGGCAGCUGGCCAGGCAGCCCGGCUGGCAGGAUGUUCUGACCAAGCUCUAUGUGAAAGAGUCCUACGAGUCCCACGCUGCCAGCAUCGCAGGCUCCAGCACCAACAGCUCCUUCGAGCCUAACUACCGGCCGCCGCUGCGCAAGGAUCAGGCUCUGGUCAUAGAGGACGCACAAGCAGACAUCUUCCUGAGCUACCACACAUCGCAGGACAUCGAGGAGGACGAGGAGGAGGGGGGUCAGCCGGACAUCUCCGAGGGAUUCUCUGAUUUGUCCCAGUCGCCUCCAAGUGGGGGAGGAGGUCCGCUUAAAAACUUCACCGGCUCCCUACAUUUUAAGUCGUUUGAUUCAGCCGACCAGGGGAGUCACUCGUCCUCCACCUCCAAUGCGAUCGAUAUCACGCCGCCUCGUCACAACGACGAGGGGAGAGACUACCAGCCGCUGUCCCCCUUUGGUACCCCCUUUGAUUUGGAGCUCGGGGGCAUGGGAGAGAGUGGCUCGCACACUCCUGCAGGUAGUCUGACAAACACACCGUCUCCUCUAGAGCACUGCAAACCCUUUCCACCAGCCAGACCCAGGAAGAGCUCCAGCCUGUCCAACGUGCUGGAUGACACCAGCUAUGGGACAGACCCUCCGACUGGAGACACGAUCUCCAACACGUCCAACCCUCAGCAGACCCCGGAGGAGGAGCUGUGCAACCUGCUAACCAACAUCGUCUUCUCCGUGCUGUGGAGCCGUGGCGGCUCAGACGUGGCAGAGGAUGUGGUGUGGAGGGAGAGAGGACAGGUCUUCUCUGUUCUCACCAAACUGGGCACCUCCUGCCAACUGGUGCGUCCUCCUGAUGACAUCAAACGCAGUCUGUUGGAGAUGAUGCUGGAGUCGUCUCUGUCGGACCUGAGGGACGCACAAGGAGUGUCUCUGCCUUUCUGUCCCAGCCUGGUUCGCCUCCUGCGGCUGCUGCAGGACUUCCUGUUUGCUGAGGGGACAGACAACCACACGCUGUGGAGUGAAAAGAUCUUUGAAGGGGUGGUGAACCUGCUGGACAAGUUGCAGGCCUGGCAUAGCACCCCUGGCAGCCCCGGGAACACCGAACUGAAGGAAAUGGCACAGAUCGGCCUGCGAAUCAUCACCGGAUAUAUCCAACAGCAGCACUCACAGGUGUGUGUGAUGGCCUACGUGAAGCUCCACAGCCUUCUCCAGACGGUGCUGUGCCUGAGCUGGGAGGAGGUGUGCUUCCUGCUGGGGCAGCUGGGCGCCCCCCUGUGGCCUGGAGGUGUAAUUGACAGCACCAGCUGUGGACAAGCAGAGAUUUUCUCCCAGCUGGUGCCCAUCGUGCGCACGCUGCUGGACCAGCAUGCCGACCCAGUCACCCUCCAGAAGCUGCUCCCCAACCUGCCCAUCACCAACGGCAGCACCACCUUCGCCCAGGACCUGAAGGCUUACUGCCACACUCUGGAGUGGCAGGGCUUUUACCAGCAGGAGGUCCAGCCCACCAUGGAGCAGUACGAGCUGGACACGUUUGGGAGGAGUCAUGACAUCAUGUCCAACUUCUGGAAUUCCUGCUUCGAUGACCUGAUGAGUACGGCUUAUAAACGGGACAAAGAACGAUCAGACAGCAAGUCCAAGUUUCAGGAAGUGAUCUUGGACCCCUCCCUGAAGCGGGUCAGAUGUGAGAACAACAGGUACCUCAGCUGUCAGAAGCAGAGCUCCAGCCAGCAGGGGGUGGUGUGGCACCACUGGAAAGCUCUCCGCAGGCUUCUGACCAGUGAGAGAGGAGCAUGGGCCAACAAGGUUCAACCAGUUGUGAAACUGAAGUUGUCCAAUGCAGAAACAUAUUCAAAGAUGCGUCUCAAACUUGUGCCCAACUACAACUAUGAUGCUCACAGCGAGGCCAGCGCCCUGAGGGACAACAUGGGAGCCGACAGCCCUCGUAGCUCUGAACCCCUCCCAUUGGCUGUCGCAAAGGAAGCAAAAGUGAGCGACAUGGAGGACGAUCAGCUGGGAGACGAGGACCUCGUCUUCUUGGAUAACAAGGUGGAGGGAGAGGACGAGAGUCAGAAAGAAAAGCUGGUUCUGUCUGAAGACUGUGAGCUGAUCACCAUCGUGGCGGUUGUUCCGGGUCGUCUGGAGGUCACCACGCACCAUCUCUACUUCUAUGAUGGCAGCAGUGAGAAAGAGGAGACAGAGGAAGGGAUCGGGUUUGACUUCAAGAGGCCUCUGUCCCAGCUCAGAGAAGUUCAUCUGAGGCGCUACAACCUGCGACGAUCUGCACUGGAGCUGUUCUUCAUAGACCAGGCUCAUUACUUCAUCAACUUCAAGAAGAAGGUACGAAACAAAGUGUACUCCAGGAUCCUGGGGCUGCGGCCCCCCAACCUGUUUUACUUCGGCUCUCGCUCCCCGCAAGAGCUACUGAAGGCAUCUGGGCUCACACAGAAAUGGGUCUACAGAGAAAUCUCCAACUUUGAGUACUUGAUGCAACUGAACACCAUUUCUGGGCGAACAUACAACGACCUGUCACAGUAUCCUGUGUUCCCCUGGAUCUUGUGUGACUAUACCUCUGACACUCUGGAUCUGGAGGACCCUUCUGUUUUUAGAGACUUGUCCAAACCCAUCGGCGUGGUCAACCCCCGCCACGCACAGAAUGUCAGAGAAAAGUAUGAGAGCUUCGAAGACUCAACUGGCACCAUCGACAAAUUCCACUAUGGCACACACUACUCUAACGCAGCAGGAGUCAUGCACUACAUGAUCCGCAUGGAGCCAUUCACAACUCUGCACAUCCAGCUGCAGAGUGGCAGGUUUGACUGCGCAGACAGACAGUUCCACGCGGUGGCAGCAGCCUGGCAGGCUCGCAUGGAGAGCCCAGCUGACGUCAAAGAGCUCAUCCCAGAGUUCUUCUACUUCCCAGAAUUCCUGCAGAACAUGAAUGGUUUUGACCUGGGGCGUUUGCAGUUAUCUCAAGAUGAAGUGACAGAUGUUCUUCUGCCUCGCUGGGCCACAUCCAGAGAAGACUUCAUCAAGAAACACAGGAAAGCCCUGGAAUGUGAUCAUGUGUCCAAUCACCUCCAUGAGUGGAUCGACCUGAUCUUUGGUUACAAGCAGAGAGGUGAAGAGGCAGUAAACGCUCUCAAUGUCUUCUACUACUGCACCUAUGAGGGUGCAGUAGAUCUGGAUGCCAUUGCCAACGAGGUGGAGCGUAAGGCCCUGGAAGGCAUCAUCAGCAACUUCGGACAGACUCCCUGUCAGCUCCUUAAGGAACCUCAUCCUACCCGUAUGUCAGCUGAGAAUGCCUCCAGGCGGCAGGCCCGUCUGGACACUCUGCCCCCAAACAUCUUUGAGCAGCUCGACAAACUCCGGCCAUUUGUGGAGGUGGUAAGUGAUGGCCUUCCUUUGGUCCAGGCAGUGGUACCAAAGAGCCAGAAUCGCUCCUUCAUCAUCCAGGGCUCAGAUAUAUUGGUGACUGUGAGUUCCAAUGGGCUGAUAGGAACACACAGCUGGCUGCCAUACGACAAAAACAUAGCCAACUACUUCACCUUCACUAAGGACCCCACCAUGACUAAUCCCAAGACGCAGCGAUUCUUGAGCGGCCCUUUCUCUCCCGGGGUGGAGAUCAGCGAUCAGGUGCUGGUGGUGUCCAACGAUGGCCGCCUGCUGUUCAGUGGAGGACACUGGGACUGUAGCCUACGGGUGACUCAGCUGGCCAAGGGCAAGCUGGUGGGCAGGAUCUGCCGGCACAUUGACGUUGUUACUUGCUUGGCUCUGGAUCUUUGUGGCAUCUACCUCAUCUCUGGUUCAAGGGACACAUCCUGUAUAGUAUGGCAGGUCCUACAGCAGGGUGGCUUCUCCAGCGGUCUGUCUCCUCGGCCCGUGCAGAUUCUCUGUGGACAUGACCAGGAGGUCACCUGUGUGGCUAUCAGCACUGAACUGGACAUGGCUGUCUCAGGGUCAAAGGAUGGGACUGUGAUCGUGCACACAGUCCGGCGAGGCCAGUUCCUGCGGACGCUGCGUCCUCCUGGUGACAGCUUCGUACCGGCCAUCAUCUCUGAGCUCCAGGUGGGCAUGGAGGGCCACAUCGUGGUCCAGACCUCGCUGGAGGAGCACUCUCAUCGAAAGGCCAAGUACUCUAUUCAUGUUUACUCAGUAAACGGCUGUCUGCUGGCCUCCGUCACCAUGGAGGAGCAGGUGACGGCGCUCCACCUGGUGUCGGAUCACAUCAUCGUGGGGACCAUGCAGGGCAGCCUCCACAUACGAGAUCUAUGCAGCCUGGAUGCUCCCGUAACGCCCCUGGCCUUGAAGGUUCCUGUGAGGAGUGUGUCUGUCACCAAAGAGUUCAGCCACAUCCUCGUGGGACUAGAAGACGGGAAGUUAAUUGUGGUGGGGGCAGGGAAGCCAGAAGAGGUUCGCUCAGGACACAUCACCCGUCGCAUUUGGGGUUCCACACGCCGCAUCUCUCAGGUGUCAGCAGGUGAAACUGAGUAUAUUCCCCCUGAGGAUGCUGGGAAAUGAGAUGAGCAAUGGUGGAGGAACUCUGAGGACUCUGUAGGCUGCAGAUAGCUGCACCGCCAAGACGCUCGCCACAUCUAACAAGGCCUUUGUUUCCUUUACCAGCUGGGAAACGAUCCUCCUCAGCUACUGAUCUCUCUGAGAGAGCAACUAUACACUGAGCACUUUUUUUAUUCUUAAAAUAUAUUUUAAUGCGUAUUUCAUUUACAGUUGUGUACUGUUUUUAAUCAGCAUCAUUCCAAAGAGUGGACAGAGAAGAGCUCGUUGUUUGAGGUGGUGUACCACUGUAUAUAUACACUGAGUCAUGUCUCAGGGAUGUGACUCACUCUGAUGCACAUGCAGCCUCAGACUCAGAGGGAAUCGACGCUGUGAAGCCUGCAGACUUGGCUACUUUCUUGUCAGAUGAACAGCUGUGAUCUCUGCGCUGUUGAAUGUCCCAAAGCCGUUGUUUUGGCAAUGGCACCUUCUUAAAAAAAACUCCUGGAAACUUGAAAACUACUGUAGAUGUUGCUCGAGAUUUCCACAAUGCAAUACUGGUAAAUACCACACGGGGGUCGACUUUGUAAAAGAAACAUCCAGGGGUUAAAUGAUUGUGAACCAAUGCUGCAGUGUGAACUUUAACAUCAGGAUUUGGUGAUCUUUGCAGCAGACGUGCACCACAACACCACAGUGUAUAAUCCUGCAUUCCUUAAGGCUCUUAAUGAUGUAAAACUGUUACAAUUAAAGCUGUAAAUGCUUUAAUGGUCAAGUAUGUGAAAUAUAUUCACUUUUUAUCAGGACUGUGGAGAUUGGAUGCAAUGAAACUCAAGAGGAGAGCCUCUUGUUGCCUUAGACACAAUGGAGUCAAGACAUUUACAAAUCUGUCUGUACUUGUUAUUACCUGACUAUAUCCCUGUUUUAUUUCUUCUGAAAAGUGCCUUUUUUUUAAAUCUUGAGCCAUGUAUAAACACUGAAUUCCAAUCAUAUAUGUAAGAUCACUAUAUGUCGGAGUGUACCCCUGCUGGUCUGAUUUAAACACACCUUACUACUGUACUAUGACUCAGAUGUGGUUAAGAUGUUGUUAAUGAACUCAGUAAACUGUUGGCUGGAUGAACAUACUUGCCUGUACUGGUAUGUUCCCUUUUAUGAAGCGCUAAAAACAUCUGAAGACACGAUGACUCUGAAACACGUGAGCAUGAACGUCUGUGAUUGAGUUUCAGAGGAAUUCACUUCCUGCCAGCUUUUUUUUCUCCUUUUUUUUUUACUGGGUUGGAACAAAGUGGUUGUUAUGCAGUGUCAUGACGGGACGAAGACAAAGGGAACUAUUUGGGUAAAUGCAAUACCCAUAACAUGGUGCAAACGGAGUAAGUGAUGCUCAGAAUAACCUGAAGUGUAAGCAAAUCUACUCUGAAUUUAAAUGAUUGUUUUCAUCUGCAGCUGCUCAAAUACACAUUUUAAAUUCUACUUCGUUGUUGUGUAUACUGAGCUUGUCACCAUACACUGUAAAAAAUGUUUGUAGAAAUAACAGUAAAACUCUGUCAAAUACAUCAGAAAUAGGGCGUAAAAUAAAAAAUUGUACAUCACCGUA